GUGUGGCUCAGAAGGUGGUGACGGUUGAUGAAUGUAAUUCAAGCUGGGAUAAGUUAAGGUAAAGGGCAUAUUACCCAGGGCAUAUUUAUCAAAUUAGAGCAAUCCUGAAACAUCAUGUUUAGACGGAAAAGCAAGGAGGAGGAUGUCAGCAAUCUGAUUCCAAAUGAAGAACUGAAGAUUGACAACUAUGGGAGUCUGAACAAAGUAAAUGAGGACCAGGAAGCUGAGGAUGGAUGUUACAUAAUGCUCGAGGAGAUUAGUGACCAACUCAAAGAAAUUAUUCCAAACUCAAAGGUUCAAGAGAAGAUCAAUUUCUUUGAAAAUGGGAAAACCAAAAUAGAUUUUGUCCUUGUGUGGGAAGAGGAACGGUCAAAGGAAUGUAAUAAAUCAGAUAGUGAAAAGCAUCCGAAUUGGAGAAAAAAAUUCCUGAAGAAGCUCUGCAAGAGUGGCGUUCUCACAGAGGAGCAUGUGGUUCACAAUGAGAAGAGAAAUGUCCAUUACAUCCUGCUGAGUGCUCCAUGGAAUGUGCUCUGUUAUUAUGCAGAGGAACUGAGUAUGAAGGUUCCACUGCAGGCAAUAAUAAAUGAGACCUCCAACUGGUCUAAUGAUGUGCUAAAGAAUCUGGGAAUCUUUAACGUCAUGCAUGAUGAAAUCCCUAACACACCUUUGGAUUAUUACACUUGUCAGUUCAGACAAUCCAAGUUAGAAAGGUUCCUUGGUAGCGACGACCACGAUAACUUUUUCAGUUGCACCCAACGGCAUCAGAUACUUUAUGAGAUCUUGGAAAGAACUCCAUAUGGUCAACUGAAAAAUGACGAAAUUGGUAUCAACAAGUUGUUAAAUGAGAAUGUGUUCUCAGCCGCAUUUCCCCUUCACAAUGGUCCUUUCGAGGUUCUAAAUAAAGACUGUGUACCCACAAAUCUGAACCUCAGGCAGGUUCUGUAUGAAUACUGGGGUCGAUGGGGUAAGUGGUACAAGUACCAACCCUUGGGUCACAUUCGAAAAUACUAUGGAGAGAAGAUUGCUUUUUACUUCGCAUGGUUGGGAUUUUAUACUGGAUGGUUGUUACCAGCAGCAGCUGUUGGAACCUUUAUCUUUAUUGUUGGGAUCUUCCUGGUGCAAACCGACAUUCCUGCGAAGGAAACGUGUGAGGAAAAUACUGCAUAUGUCAUCUGUCCACCUUGUGAUGUCUGUAAUCAGAUGAACCUCUCCAGCAUCUGCAACACAUUUAAGAUAGGGUUGCUCUUUGACAAUGGGGGCACAGUGUUUUUCAGCGUCUUCAUGUCGCUGUGGGCUGUGACCUUCCUUGAGUACUGGAAGAGGAAGAGUGUGGUCCUCGCCGACAAGUGGGACUGCUUGGAAUUUGAGGGAUCUAAGGAGCGUUCCAGACCAGAGUUUACUGCUACGGCUCCAAUGACGAUAAAGAACCCAGUCACGGGGAUAGAGGAGCCAUAUUUUCCCAAUGGGGACAGGAUACAACGUGUUAUUAGUAGCACUAUGGUCAUUUUGCUCAUGAUAGCGGUGGUGUUUAUCUGCUUGGUUUCCAUCAUACUAUACCGCUCUAUUGUCAGCAUCCUCAUGUACAAGACGGGAAACAGCAUCUUCAUGGUCUUGGCUUCCAAGAUAGCCAGUAUCACUGGAUCAAUAGUGAAUCUCCUAGUCAUUCUCUUAUUGGCUCAAGUGUAUACAUCACUGGCUCAUUUCCUGACCAGAUGGGAAAUGCACCGGACUCAGACCAUGUACGAGGAUGCCUUUAUUGUAAAGGUCUUUAUUUUUCAGUUUGUCAACUUCUACUCAUCACCCUUGUACAUCGCCUUCUUUAAAGGCAGGUUUAUCGGAUACCCUGGACAUUAUGGAUCACUAUUGGGAGUCACAAAUGAGGAUUGUGGAGCUGGUGGCUGUAUGAUUCAACUGGCUCAGGAGCUUCUUGUUAUCAUGGUGGGAAAGCAAAUCAUCAACAAUGUGCAGGAAUUUGUCAUCCCGAAGCUGAAAGGAUGGCUGCAGAAACACAAGCUGAGAUCAAUAGAUAAAAAGGAGCUAUCUGGUGCAGAGCAGGUUCCUUGGGUGAAGGAUUACGAGUUACUGGUCUGUGAGGGACUCUUUGAUGAAUACCUCGAGAUGGUUUUGCAGUUUGGAUUCAUUACCAUAUUUGUGGCCGCGUUUCCGUUGGCUCCAUUAUUUGCCCUCCUGAAUAACUGGAUUGAGAUCCGUCUGGAUGCCAGUAAGUUUGUGUGCGAGUACCGACGUCCAAUCGUGGAGCGAGCACAGGACAUCGGAAUCUGGUUCAAUAUCCUGGAAGUAAUUACUCACCUAGCUGUAAUAAGCAAUGCCUUUCUGAUAGCAUUCACAUCAGACUUCCUGCCUCGCCUGUAUUAUUACUACACCCAUGACAAUAACAUGACCGGCUAUGUCAACUUCACUUUGUCAUAUGCACCGCACAAGUUUCUACAGCAGAACAACAGCAUGUGCCGAUACAAAGACUUUCGGGAUCAACAUGGUUAUCUGACCCUGACUUAUUGGAACCUUUUGGCUGUACGGCUGGGUUUUGUCAUUGUAUUUGAGCAUGUAGUCUUUUUUAUUGGCCGCAUGAUUGAUGUGCUGGUCCCAGAUGUGCCUGAGUCAGUGGAGAUCAAACUGAAGAGAGAACACUACCUGGCAAAGCAGGCCUUGGCAGAGAACCAGGCUCUGGGACAGGCACUUUUUGAACAAGCUGAAAAUCAAAAUGAAUUCAGCUCAGAAACAUCAGAAAGGAAAACCUCUACAGAUCAGCACAAUCUGCCACCCAUCCCAGAAGACAAACAACUAUAACCAAAGCUCACUGCUCAUCAAAUGAUGGCGAGCAAAAUGCAGAUGUUCUGGAAUGGCGUAGAUCAAGUGCAAAUGCUAUGAUUUUGCACCAGCAAUUGCAUCAUCAAUGACCAGCAUUAAAUUACAUCUUUAGUACAAGCAUCAACACUGAGCCUCAAUGGAGCAUCAAUACUGAGCCUUGAGAUCUUAUCCAACAGCAAUGUAUUAUAUUCUGCAACUUUGGUGAAACUUUACACUGGCUGGUGUCAGCAAGCGAUGCUCCACUUCACUUUAAUGAUCUUCCACCAUGUGAAUACUUUACCUAACACUGGAAAGUCGUAUUGCAUCCAAUCCCGGAAAAAUUGGCUGCACAGGAUGAUUUAUUCAAGACCAUUCCAGGCUAUGAUGUGACUUUUUCAAUAGACGACUCAUUUGUUGCUCCAACAAAAAGAAAAGCAAUACAAAUAACAAAAUUGUGAAACAAUCAGUUCAACAACUUGAGAAAGUUGCAACCAACAAACACGCAAUAAUAAUCCUUACCUUUGGCAUAAUGCCUUUUAAUGUUGGGAGGGAUUCCUAAAGUGCUUCAUAUACUGUAAAGUGACAUGACUGUGUUUUGUGGGUGAACAAGGCUCCAUGCAUUGCAAAUUGUUAAGUGUAGUAACACUUGGUUAUGGAAGGAUGCUAGUUUUCUUGUGCAUUCUGCAAUAUCCCAACAACCAACAGGCUACUCUAAGGGGAUGCCUGUAACUACCCACCUCGCUCCAAUUAUUAGCAACUUUCCUUAGUUUGGGAGAGAGCUGGAAAGUGGAAUUUUUUUAAAAAAAGGAAUUUUUUUGGAAAAAGCACCUGACAAAAUGAGCUUAAUAACCACCUUCUCUGCAGAAAAUGUGUACUUUUCUAUGAAGGCCGGAUGAACAGGGAAACCAGAGGGUGGCUGUAUGGCUGUACCAUGAUGUGUUUGUGAAUCAAGGGGGUGGGGGGGAAGAUAGAGGGCCAACCAAUAAGUGAAACAGGUCUCAGUGGGUGUAAAUGGUAAGUAAUCGUGAGCGAUUGUAUCUCGAACAGAAGUAAACAAAUGAUUUCAAUUUC